AUGUCAGGGAGCGUCGCAUCCCAAGGAGAAUACGCCGGGACAAGACGCUCUAAAACGAAUAAGCAAGCAUCUGCAAAACAUCCAUGGCGCUUCUGGGCAAUUAUCAUUGCCCUCUCCCUUACUCGUCUUCUAUCGACUAUCGAAGGGACCAUUAUCACGAGCACGUUGCCCACGAUAAUGGAAGCGCUUGGUGGAUCCGGUUCAUACAUUUGGGUUCCCAAUGCUUACUUCUUAGCCUCAUUGGCAAUAUUGCCACUAGUUGCUCAAGCAAGUGACAUCUUUGGCCGCCGCCCACUUCUUCUUACAGCUUUGGCCUUGUUUGUACUCGGCAGUGGCCUAUGUGGUGGCGCCUCGUCAACGCGGAUGCUGGUUGCCGCACGUACUGUACAGGGUAUUGGAGGUGGGGCAGUAGUUCUGUUGAUCAAUACUGUCGUUACUGAUCUAGUACCACUACGAGAGCGGGGGAAGUACAUGGCUCUGAUCCAAAUGACUGCAACUACCGGGGCUGCCGUCGGCCCAUUCCCCGGUGGUCUUAUCACGGAUCACUCGACAUGGCGCUGGGUUUUCUACCUUAAUUUACCUAUUGGCGGUAGUGCCUUCAUUUCUCUAUUUCUAUUUCUCCGUAUGAAUUUUCAGUGCGACCAAACUUGGAAACAAAGAUUAGUGGGGCCUUAUAUAGCAGGAAAUGCUAUAUUCAUCGCUGCCAUUAUAGCUUUUCUUAUCGCACUGGCCUGGGGAGGGACUAUGUACGACUGGGGAACGUAUCAUAUCGUUGUUCCCAUCGUCCUUGGCUUCGUCGGAAUCGGACUGUUCAUCACGUUGGAAUGGACCAUUAGCAAGGAGCCAUCGUUCCAGCGCAGGAUAGUCUCCAAUCGAAUUUCUUUUGCUGCAUUGAUUUCAUGUUUCACGAAUUUGAUUUGUGUGCAUUGGACAUUUUACUUCCUACCUAUCUAUUUCCAGGCCGUUCGAGGUACAUCGGCAAUGCGCUCAGGUGAGAUAGAAACCAUAGCGUGGUGCUCGGUCCUCUUGCAUAUUUAG